AUGGGGUUCAGAGACUUUGUAAAAGACAAAGUCGGCGAAGUCACCAAAAAUGCUCAAGGCAGCAGUCUCUCCAAUGUUCCUUCCAAACGCGGCCUAUGCUGGCCCGUAGAAAACAAAGACCCGGUGUUCAAUUUCACCAAACCCGGCUCCAAAAUAACAUGGAUCUAUAACUGGUCUCCCAACACAACCGCAGGCUGCACUUCUCUCGACUUUGUCCCCAUGCAAUGGAACAACGUCGGCAUUGACGAUCUACCGACCAAGAUCAAAGAUGUCAAUGCCCAUUCGGUGCUAUACUUCAAUGAGCCAGAACUACCGGAUCAGUCGAACAUGUCCGUUGAACUGGCAGCGAAUGAAUGGUUGAGAUGUAUUGAGCCGCUACGAAAGCAGGGCAUAAGAUGUGGAAGUCCGGGACUCAGUAAUGCGGGACACGCUGUUGGCUACAUGCAAGACUUCCUUUGCAGGAUUCGAGCUGGGGGGAGUGAUGUGGACUUUCUAUGUUUGCACUGGUACGGUAUUGCUCUUGGCGGCUUUUAUGACUACAUCUGGUCGACGAAGCAUCAAAUUGAUGCGUCGAAGCCGGUGUGGAUUACUGAGUUUGCGUGCACGAAUUGGAAUCAGGAUGCCCCGUUGCCGAGGGAGCAUGUAGAGCACUUUGCGAGGGAGUCGGUAAAGUAUCUUGACACUCUGGAUUGGGUGGAGAGGUAUGCGUGGUUUGGACCGAUGCGGGAUACGGGCACAGUUGGAAAGUGGGCGAGGAUGCUAGAUGAUGAGGGGAAAUUGACGCCUUUGGGGAAGGCAUAUAGGGAUGAGUAG